GGGGGGUCUUUGCGCGGCGAGGCCUUUUGGCCCUGCGGAGCCGCCGUCUCCGUGAGCGACGCCACUGCCAGGGAGGGCGGAAGUGAAGGGGCGCGGCAAGAUGGAGGGGACGCUGGAGCAGCACUUGGAGGACACCAUGAAGAGCCCGGCCGUGGUGGGCGUCCUGUGCACGGACUCGCAGGGGCUCAACCUGGGCUGCAGAGGAACCCUCUCGGAUGAGCACGCCGGGGUCAUCUCUGUGCUCGCACAGCAGGCAGCCAAGCUCACCUCUGACCCAACCGACACCCCCGUGGUGUGCCUGGAGUCGGACAGCGGGAACAUCAUGAUCCAGAAGCACGACAGCAUCACCGUAGCAGUCCAUAAGCUGGCGUCCUGACCACCAGGAACCCGUGCAGCACUUUGCUCCCCCCCCUGGCCCAGCUCCUCCUCACUGGACAACCUCCCUCCUCUGUUGCUCGAGCCCAGAACACACCUGCAGUACCAAACCUGGGCUGAAAGCUCUCCCUCUCCACUGAACCAGCUCCUUCUGCAGCUAUCGGGGUCUCUCACUCACACUUCUAGCACUCGUGCUGCUGAGGAUGAAACAGGGCUCACUCACCAAGCUUGUGUAAUGAUCAGAUACUACACGGUGUAUUUGUGUGCGUGGCUUUAGUUGUUGGAAGAAUCAAUAAAUGACCUGCAAAAAAACCCUUUACUUCCCUUUGUUCCAGCUGUGAAAACCAUGGCCAUGGCUUUGCCCUGAUUCCAAAGCCAAGCGAGGUGAUUUCUCCCACUCCCUCCUUCACUAGCAUUUCUCUGGAGGGGAGCAAUAGUGCACCAAGACUUGAAGUAGUGGAGGCUCCUCCAGGGGACAAGGUGCCAACACUUCCCAAGGAAUUUCUCCUUGGAAAUGUUUACCCUCCUCUAGUUAAACAUCCUGUGUGUAAGUUACUUGCUUACUGUGCC